AUGGAAAUUGGUGAUGGUCAUAAAACUUUUGCAUGGUUUGAUAUCUGGGAUGAUGCCUGUCCGUUGAGUUCUUUUCUGACCCCUAGGAUGAUAGCUAAUACUGGGUUUGGUAUGCAAACUAAGGUUGCUGAGUUGUGGGAAUUUGGAGGAUGGAGGUGGCCGAAUGCUUGGGUUCAGCGAUUUCCAGGCUUACAAAACACGAGGGCCAUUAACUUGAAUCCUAAUGUGCAGGAUAGGGUUGUGUGGAGGUCUAGUUUGGGUUCAAUUGUAGACUAUGGGACUUCGAUGGUAUGGGAGGAGAUUCAGAUUAGUCAGAGUGUGGUUCCUUGGGCUAAUAUUGUGUGGUUUUCUCAAGCUAUUCCUCGGCAUUCAUUUGUCUUGUGGCUGCUUAUAAAAAAGAAAUUAAAGACACAGGAUGUUAUGAGGAAAUGGUGUUCUUCGGGGAAUAUGAAUUUUAAUCUUAUGUGCUGUUCCUUGUGUACGUCUGGGCCAGAUUCUCAUGAGCAUCUUUUCUUUGAGUGUUCAUAUGCUUGUUGCAUAUGGCAUGGUGUGCGAGACCUAGUGGAUAUGGGAACUAUUGACUCAACUUGGGACGCGAUAUAUAAUCACUUACUUCAACAUGCGGAUUCGAAGAAGGUUAUUCAUAUUGUUGGACGUCUAGUGGUUGGUGCGGCGGUCUAUUUUGUAUGGCAAGAGCGAAAUCAACGGUUGUUCUCUAGUAAGAAGAGGAGUGAGAGCCAGCUAGUAGAGGUGAUUCUAAACACUGUCCGGAUGAAGCUACACUCCAUGAAGUUCAAGAGAUCAGUUCAAGCGAUGAGAGUGUUACAUUUAUGGAGCUUACCUCGUGGGCUGUUGAUAGAUGAUGAUGACUGCGGCUAA